AUGGAGGAACACGAAUUGACAAAUCCUCUUGUCAUUACAAGUUAUAAUGUUCAGACACCAAAAGAAAGAUUCUCUUCAUGUGGUCUUGAUAGAAAGGCCCUUGAUGAUAUUCAAACCUCUAUCCACGAACUUCCGAGCGAUGCUAAGACGGCUUCUUUAGAAGGUAUGCCUCGGCCUGCAACUUGGAGAAUGAAUUUAGUGGCCUUGUCGCAAAAAUAUAAUAUGUACUUUGUGGCAUAUUUGGAUACGAUACAUAUUACAAGACCUCGAACACUCAAACAAAUUCUGCCCGGUGUACCAGAUAUGAUUCUUCGAUUACCAAAGUCGAGGAAUGCAGGUUCUGGAUACGUUUACCAAUCUCGUCCGCAUUGUGUCAACAAUAUGAUUAUUGGCAAUCUGGGCAACAAAGAGAUAUUGUUGUACUGUUGCGAUGAUGGGGAUGUAACGGCAUAUUAUACGGACCUUUUAGCAAAAGAACUUCAACAAACGAUUGACAGUACAGCUUCGUCAAUUCCGAUUAGUAGCACACACCCAUUUUUUCUUGAGAAUGUCGGGAUAAGUGCUUGGGGUAUUGCUAUUCAUCAAAAAUCACGCUUGAUUGCAGUAAGCUCUAACAAACAAGAAGUCACUGUCUUCGUUCAUGGUACCUCUAGUAGUGAGCCUUGCGAUUGCGCUGUGAUGGGUUCCACAUACGAUGUUGCCACUGACCCCCUGACAUUUGGAGUUAAGGCCAAGUCCCAAAGAGGCUUCCCUGAGAACUGUUGUUCCAAAGGUUUUGGUUAUAAGAUGAAUGGACCUUUUACAGACUCUUCAUUUCCCUUAAGAUAUUCUACACAGCUUAAGAAAUAUAAUGGACACUCCGCAAUUCAAGGCCCAUAUCUACCAGGAACACCAUGUCCCCGUAAUUUUAGAAUUAUCCUUAAGCCAACCGGACCUAGUCACAACAUUCCCGCCAUUGCUUUUAAAGAUGACGAUGAGAAUGGGUUGGCUAAAUCAAUUAUAGCUACUGACAUUCUGGGUAGUCUGUGGCUGUUAGAAAUAUGGGAGGAGAAUUCUAGUUUGAUUGGCUUACCUCUUGCCCCUGAUCCAGGACCUAGAUUAUCUCAAAUGGGCUGGGGAAUCAUGCCUAUCCCACUGCGAUAUUUCAAGCACUCUCAAAGUUUUGAAGAUGCUUUGGGCGAAGAGGAUUUAAAUAGUGUUUGGGUUGAGUCCAUACAGAAUUUGCUAGGCGAAAGGGUUUGCUUGAAUCUUGCUCAAAGAAUGAAGCGGUUAGAGAUGGCUAACCCAAUUCUGCAAAAUGAUGAAAUAAUUUUGCACUCGGAAGAUAACUUAAGCGACGAAUCCAUGCUCAGCGACUCGCCUCCAGAUCAAUUAGGUGGGUUGAUUCGAGACAUGAAUCCAACUCCACAAACGAUACGAUGUACACAACCUAGUAACUUCAUGAGACACAUGACCGAUAUGGCAAUUUGUCACAUCGAUCCUACUUCUCACACAAGUGAUGAAUUUGUCAUCCUUCGAACUUGGAUGGACAGCAUCGAACUCGUGCCUUCUUCGAUACGUAUGCCUGCAACUAUAUGUACGAAUUGCUUCGAAGGUCAUCAAACGCCGAGUGCAUUUAACGAGACUUUCCACAAUAUUACUCGAAUCAAUAUGAUGGCAUUGAUACCGGAAUUAUCGCUUGUUGUUGUUGCUUCUCAAAUUGGUCGAGCAGCUCUUCUGACGCUAUCGACGGUGAACAUCGAUUCCAAUUUGGAUCCCAUUCCAACCUUUCGUAUCGAAUGUCUUCUUCCACCUGGCACUAAGGAUACCGAUAUCUACAGCGGCUAUCAAGGGUCUAAUGCUCCACUCCUUGGGCUGGCCGUGUCUCCGAUCCAGAAUGGUUACGGUAUUGAAUUGAACGCUGGAGAUAAUCCAAAAAGGUGGAGGCUCAUUAUGCAGGGUUAUGAUCAUAUUGUCUGGAAUUAUGAGUUGACUCGGGAUGAGAAUAAUAAUUUGCAAACCUUUUGA